AUUACAAAAAAAAAAAUGACAGAUCAGUCCCCGCGCCGCGAAAUAUCUUUACGAGGACGUAUAAAAAGUCCACCAAGGUCUCGUCUGUUCGUUCCAUUUCGUGCUUCUGUCGGUAAUUGCUCGAUUCAAGCUCAACGAAGUACCGUUUAUGCGACUUUCUAUUCUCCUUGUAGACCUAAUACGCCCUCAAUGUUGGAUCAUCGGAGUGGAAGUAGCCACCCUCCAGAUGCAAGAACCUCUGGAGCUGGAAACGCUUACUCUAUUAAUCUGGACAUCUUCAGCAAACGAUUGAAGAAGUUCUAUUCGCAUUGGAGUGAAAACAAAUCCAACUUAUGGGGAUCUAGUGAUGUCCUUGCAAUCGCAACACCUCCUGCUUCUGAGGAUCUGCGGUACUUGAAAUCCUCAGCGCUGAACAUUUGGUUGCUUGGUUAUGAGUUUCCAGAGACAAUUAUGGUCUUCAUGAGGAGACAGAUACAUUUCUUGUGCAGCCAGAAGAAAGCUUCAUUGCUUGAAGUUGUGAAAUCAUCAGCCCGGGAGGCUGUCGAGGUGGAUGUUAUCAUACAUGUGAAGGCAAAGAAUGAUGAUGGGACUGCACUCAUGGAUUCUAUUUUUAGUGUUAUUCAGACUCACUUUAAGGAAGACAGUCAUAAUACAAAGGUUAUUGGGUACAUUGCAAGAGAAGAACCUGAAGGGAAUCUAUUGGAAGCAUGGGCAAAGAAACUAAAGAAAACAAGUUUUCAGCUUAUUGAUGCAACCAACGCACUAUCCGACCUGUUUGCUGUCAAGGAUGAUGGGGAAAUUUUGAAUGUGAAGAAAGCUGCAUACUUGACUGUUAAUGUGAUGAAGAAUGUGGUGGUUCCGAAGCUUGAGAAUGUCAUUGAUGCGGAAAAAGAGGUAACACAUUCUUCGCUAAUGGAUGACACUGAGAAGGCCAUACUGGAACCUGCCAGAGCUAAAGUGAAGCUGAAGGCAGACAAUGUUGAUAUAUGCUAUCCUCCUAUAUUCCAGAGUGGAGGCGAGUUUGAUCUAAGGCCUAGUGCUGCCAGCAAUAAUGAACUACUGUAUUAUGAUUCUGCCAGUGUGAUUGUAUGUGCUCUUGGAUCCCGAUAUAAUAGUUAUUGUGCGAACAUAGCCAGGACUUUUCUGAUAGAUGCCAAUGGCCUUCAGAACAAGGCUUAUGAGGUUCUUCUCAAGGCUCAUGAAGCAGCAAUCAAUGCUCUGAAGCCUGGGACUAAGGUUGGGGCUGUCUAUGCAGCUGCACUGUCUGUAGUUGAGAAGGAAGCUCCUGAAUUAGUUCCGAACUUGACAAAAUCUGCUGGUACUGGCAUUGGUAUUGAGUUUCGGGAGUCAGGAUUGAGUUUAAAUUCCAAGAAUGAUCGGGAAGUGAAAGCAAACAUGAUCUUUAAUGUGUCUCUUGGAUUCCACAACUUGCAGAACCAUACCAGUAACUCAAAGAAGAGGAACUUUUCUCUGAUACUGGCAGAUACAGUCAUUGUGGAAGAAAAGAAGUUAGAUAUGGUGACUUCGUCUUGCUCUAAAGCUGUUAGGGAUGUGGCUUACUCAUUCAAUGAGGAUGAGGAAGAUGACGAAAAGGAUAAAGUGAAACCUGUGGCUCAUGGCGCAGAAACCAUCUCUAAGACUACUCUCAGGUCUGUCACACAAGAGGUUUCAAAAGAAGAGCUUAGGAGACAGCAUCAGGCUGAACUUGCCCUUCAGAAGAAGGAAGAAAUUGCCCGUCGGCUUGCUGGUGGUGAAACUGGUGCAGGGCAUAAUCCUGCUGCAAAGUCUUCAACGGACCUGAUUGCCUAUAAGAAUGUUAAUGAUCUCCCUCCUGUAAGAGAUUUAAUGAUUCGAGUUGAUCAGAAGAAUGAAGCCAUUCUUUUCCCCAUACAUGGAACAGUGGUACCCUUCCAUAUUGCUACUGUGAGGACAGUUUCUAGUCAGCAGGACACAAAUAGAAGCUGCUACAUCCGCAUCAUAUUUAAUGUUCCGGGAACUCCUUUCAAUCCUCAUGAUGCUAAUUCAUUGAAAUUCCAGGGUGCUAUAUAUCUGAAGGAGGUAUCGUUUCGCUCAAAGGACCCAAGACAUAUAAGUGAAGUAGUUCAGCAGAUUAAAACCCUUCGGAAACAAGUUAUGGCCAGGGAAUCUGAAAGAGCUGAGAGGGCAACAUUGGUCACCCAGGAUAAAUUACAACUUGCCGGCAACAGAUUCAAGCCAGUGAGGUUGCCUGAUCUUUGGAUCCGUCCUGUUUUUGGUGGCCGUGGAAGAAAGCUAUCUGGCACAUUAGAAGCUCAUGUAAAUGGGUUUCGAUAUUCCACUUCUCGAGUGGAGGAGCGAUUGGAAAUUAUGUAUGGGAACAUCAAACAUGCAUUUUUCCAGCCAGCCGAGAAGGAGAUGAUCACUCUUAUUCACUUCCAUCUACACAAUCACAUAAUGGUGGGAAACAAGAAAACUAAGGAUGUGCAGUUCUUUGUUGAGGUGAUGGACGCAGUCCAGACCUUGGGAGGGGGGAGGAGAUCUGCCUACGACCCGGAUGAGAUUGAAGAAGAGCAAAGAGAAAGGGACCGAAAGAAUAAGAUUAACAUGGAUUUCCAGAGCUUUGUAAAUCGUUCUAAUGAUAUCUGGAGACAGCCCCAGUUCAAGGGGCUUGACAUUGAGUUUGAUCAGCCAUUGAGAGAACUUGGCUUCCAUGGUGUACCCCAUAAAGCCACAUCAUUCAUUGUCCCAACUUCAAGCUGUCUUGUUGAACUGAUAGAGACACCUUUUCUUGUUGUGACUCUUGGUGAGAUUGAGAUUGUGAACCUUGAGAGAGUUGGCCUUGGACAGAAGAAUUUUGACUUGACAAUUGUAUUCAAGGACUUCAAGAGGGAUGUGCUUCGGAUCGAUUCCAUUCCUUCCACAUCACUGGAUGGUAUUAAGGAAUGGCUUGACACAACAGACAUUAAGUACUAUGAGAGCAGGAUGAACCUUAACUGGAGACAGAUACUGAAGACGAUUAACGAUGACCCACAAAGCUUCAUAGAUGAGGGGGGAUGGGAAUUUCUGAAUUUGGAAGCUAGUGAUUCAGAAUCUGAGAAUUCAGCAGAUUCGGACAAAGGUUAUGAGCCAUCAGAUGUGGCAUCUGAGUCAGUCUCAGACGAUGAUGAUGAUUCUGAUAGUGAAUCGCUGGUGGAGUCUGAGGAUGAUGAGGAGGAAGUUUCGGAGGAAGGCUCAGGGGAAGAGGAAGGAAAGACAUGGGAGGAGUUGGAAAGGGAAGCCAGUAAUGCUGAUAGGGAGAAGGGGGCUGAGUCGGACAGUGAGGAAGAAAGGAGGCAAAGGAAGAUGAAAGCUUUUGGGAAAUCUCGAGCUGCUCCUAGCAGUGGCAUUCCAAAGCGCUCCAAAUUGAGAUAGAUUGAGGUUGACAUUAGUUUUCGUACUGGUUAAUAUUUGUCUUCGUAGUUGUAACACCUUACUGAUGUUACACGCUGCUGCUCUGCUUAGAAAAUGUUGUGGUAUAGCUCUAGCUUAGAGUGGUUUAUUUUGCUGUGUGUUUUUUUUUAAAUGUAUGUUUAUGGCUAAGAUGGGAUUAGAAAACUUCUCGCGUGUAAAGUGGCAUCAUUGGUUCACCUGAUGCAGUCUAGCUAAUGCAGCUUUUAUAUUUAAAUUUGUACUCUUUAAGUAUUCUGUCUCUGACUUCAUUUUUCGAAUUAAAUUCUAUUGCUUUCA